CACUGCUUUGCCCAGCCUGGCGGGUGCUUUGGCGGCGUCGCGCGUUGGAGGUGGCCUUCUCCGGGGCGUGGCCGGGGACUCGCCUGCUCCUCCGGGCGGCACCGUCCCGAAGCGCCCUAGAGAGAAGCGGGGAGGGGGGGAGCUCCCGGGCCACGACCCAGGAAUUGCUGCGGGAGGGACGCCGCUCGUCCGCGCGCCCGCCCGACCAUGGGGCUGGAGGAGAAAGCGGACACGAAGAUCUUUAUGGACGAAGAAGGCUACGAUCGAAGGGACAGCCCGGCUCUGUCCGAUCUGGACAAAAACUUGGAGAAACCCCCCAACCGGGACCCGCACGGGCUCAACACUCAUCUGAAGCUGGGAUUUGAGGAUGUGAUCGCAGAGCCGGCUUCAACCCACUCCUUCGAUAAGGUUUGGAUCUGCAGCCAUGCCCUCUUCGAGCUCAGCAAAUACCUGGUGUACAAGCUCCUGACCCUUGUCCUUGCUAUUCCCCUGGCCCUGGUUGCAGGGAUUCUCUUUGCUGUGCUCAGCUGCCUGCACAUCUGGGUCAUGGUGCCUUUCAUAAGGUCAGUCCUUAUGGUGUUGCCUUCCAUACAGGCUGUGUGGAAGAGCCUGACAGAAGUUUUUGUUGCACCCUUAUGUCGCAGCAUGGGGAGGUGCUUUUCUGCAGUUGACAUCCGCCUAGAGCAUGAAUGAACAUCUGGGAUUCAACAUGAGUGAAGAUUCAGAACACCUGGAAUUCGACAUGACUCCAGGCUUAGUUGAUGUUAAGCCUCCUUGCUGACAAAGCAGGGAGAUAUUUAAGGAUUCAUUCCAAUGCUACUACUGUUUAAAACAGCUGACUUCUUGGGGGGGGGGUCCCCUUCAGUUGGGUUGCACUUUUUUCUGGGGAAAAAAGUUUAUCUGGGAGAUGGGAAAUAUCCUGUUUUCUAACAGCAAAUGGCGGGCUACAUCUAGCAGUUCUUCAUUUAAUGGUACUAUCAUUGUUUGGCAUAGAUAUGCAGUGUCGGUUUUGCCUGCCCGAUGAGGGAGACAAAUAUUGCCUGAUUUCUUUCAAAGUUAUACUAGCAGUAACUAUUGAGCAACUUACUUUUUGGACCUUUUUGCCCAAGUUCUGCAGCUAUCAGAGUUAUUAAUGUUUCCAGAAUGUGGUUUGUCUCACCAGAAAACUUUCCUUGUCUGAAUCAUACCAGUCAACUCUUCCAGGUACCUAAGCAACGAGUCCUCUCUGGAAUUUAUCAGAGCCUUGCAUAACCCACCACCAACCAAUGUUCUAGUACUUGCAGCUUCUCAAAUCUAGUGGUUUCCUAUGGUGUGGGAUCACCAGAAUGCCAAGCUAAGUACACAGGUAGCUUUACCUUUGUCUCUUUAGUCAGUACUGGGAAAUGAGGACUUCUGCCAAAGCUAAGAUUGGAACUGGAGCCCUUUCAGAAGCUUAGAAAGUAUUUUAGGGUACUAAUAAGGCAAGGGCAGAAGUCCAGACCAGCUUCAUAUUGCCUGCCAGUUAUGGGAUCCAAAGUUGCUUUUCUCUUUUAUCUUCUGUGCUUCUACAUGGGACCUAUGUACGCACAUUCCUAACCAGUGUAUUAGACUAGGUUCUAGCCUCAAUUCAUGGAGUCCCAAUUAAGGCACAAAAAUGUUUGACAACAUGGAGUUUAACCAUCCAGAUGUGCUGCAAAGCACACAUGAUGAUGCUAAGGAAGGAAUGCUUGUAUCUUCUCCUUUUUCAUUCAAGUCAGUAGACAAACAUUUUUAGUAUAUGUUUUAGGCAGAAAACAGGAUUCUGGCUUGGGGUAAGAAAUCAACAUCUAUAAGAUGCUUAAAGAAAGAAUGCCAACUUGUUGCCUUAUUUUGAAGGAUAGACUUUCUUAGGGAAAUAUUAUUAUUCUGUUCCUCUUGGAAUUUUUCUCUAAGAUGCAGACACAGUUCAGGGUCUAAAACAUUGGUGUAUGAAAGUUUACACAGAAAUGCACAGAGAAAGGGAAGUAACUAAAUUCUUCAUCCUUUUGUCUGUUAUGCAAAUUCCUAAGAAUCAAAAUAAAAAAUGACUGUCAUUCCAAAAUGUACUCUUGCAAAUAAAAGUUUGGUUUGGUGCAGGCAGUAAAUCUUGAUGCUUUAUUUAAUGAAACAGAAUGACUUCACUCUAUAGUAUAUAUUGUGUCUUUAUGUAAAUGAUAUUGUAUGAGUCUCUGGAUUCUUCUCAAGUUAUAAUUCUAAAGAAAUGGUAUGUUUUAGCUAAUUGCCUGCUUAUGGCUGCUACCAUGUACAGAAGGGCUGUACCAUGCAUUCAAGUUCAUCAAGGCUUCUCCAUACAAAGAAAUAAGGAGGCUUUAAACUAACAUCUAUAAGCAUUAUUGUGCCUUGAAAAGUGGAGCAUCCAAAAUACAUGCUACCCAACUCUGAUUUUAGCAGUGAGUGGAUAAUACCUUCCACACAAUAAUGUGUCUGUUCACUAAUGUGGGCUGUGUAUUCUUGCUGUGUGCAAUUUUCAUGCAUUUACAUAUCUCAUGUAAGGAUAAUGAAAUUCUAAGUAAAUAGCGUUUAUGGUCUAGAUUUGCAGAACUUCAGUUGGAAAACCGAUGUGUAACCAAGCAUCUACCAAAGACUUCGUACAAUUCAAUUUUAAUGCCUAAAUAUUACAAAACUAUGCAAAAAGUGCUGACUGGUGUAUUUUAAAUUUAUUUUUAUUAAAAUGUUCUACGUAUGUAA